AUGUUCCCGCCUCCAUGCCCAUCGGCCAUGUCCGCCGACGACAUCCGGACCCUUCGUGACCUCGCCGGCCGGUACGGGUCCGGCAGCCUGGAGAACACCCUCCGAAGCCUGGGCGGCAGCAGCAUCAACACCAACGCCAACACCAACACCGACACCACCAUCACCACCACCACCGGCAACAGCAAUAACGGCACCAGCAACAGCAACAACAACUACACUACCCUCCGGCCACCGCCACAGCACCACCAACAACACCAGAACAACUCGGCACCCGCCCGCAACUCAACCCUGUCGACGUCCACCUUCGGCAGCGCACACAGCGCACCGCCGUCCCUGACGAGCUCCGGGCCCUGGAGCGGUUCCGACGCCUCCCUCUGCGGCUCCUCCUCCGACGCCGCGUCCCUGGCCGGUAGCUAUUACGGCACACAGCAGCAGCAGCAGCAGCAACAAAACGCCGCCGCCGCCUGGAACGACCCCAACGACGUGCCCUUCCUCCUCUCCCCCUCCGUGACCCCCUCCCUCUCCGGCUCCGAGUGGCAGGACCUCCACGUCAACGAGUACCUCCUCUCCUCGCCCUGCGGCGAGAAGAAGGCCGUCGUCGCCGCCGCCGUGGCGGCGGUGACCUCCCCCUCCCGCCGCAAGCCCAUCGAGUGCCCCCUCUGCGCCGUCCACGACGUCCGCGUCGGCUUCGGCCGCAAGAGCGACUUCAAGAAGCACCUCCAGAACUUCCACAACACCGACUGCCUCUGGGCCUGCCCGCGCCGCGGCUGCCGCAUGGUCUUUGACUUUGAGAGGGCUUACGUCGUCCACCUUAAGACGGACCACCACAGCGGCAGCCGCGACUCCUCCUUCCAAGCCGCCACCGCCCCGGACCGCGUCCGCGUCGAGCUCUGCCCGCAGGUCGUCUUCGCCUGCGGCUUCGUCGGUUGCAAGACCGUCAUCGAGGCCCCCGACGACGGCGCCGCCCCCGCCGCCGCCGACGCUUUCUUCGACCACCUCGCCGGCCACUUUGAUCGGCGCUCUACCCCGACCUCCUCCUCCUCCUCCUCCUCCUCCUCGCCCGUGUGCGGCUGGACGUACUACCACCAGAUCCGCAACCUCCUGCGCCAACGCGCCCUCAAGGACGAAUGGAAGCACGCCCUCUGGGACAAGGCCGCGCGGAACCAGCUGCGCUGGCAGCCACGGUCCUCGGCCGACCUUAAGAAGCUCCUCGAGUGCCGCCACCUCGCCGACGUGCCCCGCGUCCUCCACGCCGCCUGGACCCUCGGCCAGACCUCCUUCUCCUCCCCCAAACACCCAGGCCCGGCCUUCCCCGGCGAGGCCACCCGCCCGCUCCGGAACCGGUGCCCGCUGUCCAUCUCCGGCCACGACGACGGCGGCGGCGGCGACUCGCACCGCAGGACGUUCGGCCAGCACCUGCAGCAGCUCCCCAACGCCGGCGCCGCCGCCGUGUUCCACACGACGCUCGCCACCGUCUCGCACCCGCCGCCGCGCUGCGUCCCCGAGGAGCCGGACUCCCUCGUCUACGCGCACCCCGGGACGCCCCUCGUCCUCCCGGAGCACAACGCCUGGUCCACCGACGUCGUCCUCGGGCCCCGCGAGGACUACGACGACGAAGAUAACAACUAUAACAUCCACAAGAACAACAACGACAACAACGACGGCGGCGACGGCGGCCACGUGCCCAUUAUGUACGCGGCGGCCCCGAACCCCGUCAGCCCGUGGAUCGUGGGUGCCGGUCCCGGCGCCCGUCCGUCGCCGCUGUGCGACCCGACAACGCCGGACGACGAGGCCUUUGGCACGCUCCUCCGCGUGCCGCAGCCGCCGCCGACGAAGCGCCCUCGCUCGUGGGGUAUGAGGAGCCUCGAGAACCUGCGCCUCAAGCGCCGCGACCGGCCGUCGCCGCCGGUGGACGAGAAGGCGCUCACCAUGCCCGCGUGGAUCUAG